GGCAGGAGAGAGGGAGGAAGAGAGAGAGAGAUGUUAGAAGACCGAUGGAGGAGGGGGCUGUGUUUGUUUUGAAGUGCAGCACUGCUGCGCUUUAGGGAUCCGUUCCUGCUUGCUUGGGAAAGGACAGUUCUUUUCCCACCCCUCCCUUCCUCUUCCUCUCUCAGCCAGUGUGUGAGGUGAGGUGAGGAGGACUGUGUGUUGGUGAGGCACUGCAGUGGCCUGACCAGGUUUGGCAUUGAGCGCAGCUCAGGAAGAGAGAGAGCCUCCUCUGGACAGGAGGGGGGAUCGGCGGUGAUUUGGGAGCGGGCAAGAUGCACUCGUCCAUCUCAAGGUGACACUGCGGCAGAGAGGCAGCCGGGAGAGAGAGAGGGAGUGUGACGGAGAGAGAGAGAGAGCGCCUGCACCACAUUCUGGAGGCUGCCGAAGAAGUGAAGAGAAGUUUUCCACCUCUCUCCUCCUCUCCCUUCCUUCUCUCCUCCCUCCAUCCUGCAGCAGAGUGAGUGUGCAGCCACGGCACCCCUGGAGGAUGUGAGGGCCUAGCCGGCCCCGUGGAACAGGCUCUCUCGCCAGGGAAGGGGGCCAAGGCCGGGCUGCCGGAGCCCUCCCCUCACAAACAUGGAGAGCUACUACAGCCUUCUGCAGGCUGGCUCUGAACUGGAAAAUACACUGCAACAGGUUUCUGUCCCUUUGAGCAUGAAAGAAGUGGGUGGCUACAUUGAGAAGCAAGUGGCUUAUUUAUCAGGGGGUCGCGGCGAAGACUCCAGUGUCAUCAUCACACUCCCAGAAUGCUCUGAUUUCAGUGAUAUUCCCGAAGAGGCUCUGGCUAAAGUCCUCACAUACCUCACCCUAAUUCCAAGAGCACGGCAACCUGGGGUUAAAUUUAUCAUCAUAUUAGAUAGAAGAUUGGAUACAUGGGGCUCGAUCAAAACAGCACUUGGACGGAUUGCGGCCUCCUUCCCUGGGAACCUGCACCUCGUUCUGGUCCUGCGACCCACCAGCUUCUUCCAGCGGACAGUGACGGACCUUGGCUUCCGCUUCAGCCAGGAGGACUUCAUGCUCAAAAUGCCCGUCGUGAUGCUCAGCUCGGUCACAGACUUGCUGCGCUACAUCAAUGAGAACCAGCUGACCUCUGAAUUCGGGGGAACCCUGGACUACUGCCACAGUGACUGGAUUGUCCUGCGAACGGCCAUAGAGAGCUUUGCUGUGAUGGUGAAGGACAUUGCUCAGAUGCUGCAGGCGUUUGGCACAGAGCUGGCGGAGACAGAGCUGCCAGAGGAAGGCAACGCCAUCGAGUUCCUGCUGCUGUCGCACACCGAGAAAUACCGAAGACUCAAGGACGCCAUCAGGUCAGUGAUGCGGGAGGGCAGACUCCUGCUGUCCAGCCUGGAGGCCUCUGGGAGAGAUGAGGGCUCCCUGGUGCACUGGGACAUCCCUCAGGACUGGGAGACAGUGCAGAGGCUGCUUGCCCAACUCAGAGACAUGGAACUGGCCUUUGAUGGCUUCUUCGACAAACAUCACCUGAAGUUGCAGCAGUACCUGCAGCUGCUGAGAUACGAGAGCAGCUUCCACGAGAUGGAAAGCUCACUGGAGAAGCUCUCUGCUCUUGAGAGAGACGUGGGCAGUGCAGGAGAAACCCUGGCCCAGACGGCGCAGGCCAUCCGAGACCUGGACAGUCUACAAACCAAAGCACAGGAGGAGAUGGGCAAAGCUCAGCUGCUCAUUCUGCACGGGCACCAGCUGGCUGCCAACCACCACUAUGCCAUGGCCCUGAUCCUGCAGCGCUGCAACGAGCUGCGCCACCGCUGCGACACGCUGGACACCGUGCUCAGGACCAAGAGGGACGCGCUCACACACAUACAGACCCUACUGCACAGACUAGAGGAGGCCCAGCGCUGGUGUGAUGACGGAGCAUAUCUGCUGGCCAAUCAGCAGGUGGAUAGGUUCCAGUCUAAGGAGGGGGCUCAAGCUGCACUGCGAGACAUUGAGAAGUUCCAGGAGGGGGCGCCAGCGCUCCUCUCCACAGGCUCAGAUGUCCUCUUCAUGGAAUAUGAGGCUGUGCUAACCUCAGCACUCCAGGCUCACAUCGGGAAGACCUUUGAGAAGCAGGCGGCCGUGCAGGGGAUGAUUGACAGCCGGCUGGCCUGCCUGAGGAAGCUGGCCGACAAGCACGUGCGGCCCAUCCAGCUGGUAGCCCCCCGGCCAGAGCACCAACCCCGCUCCAAAUCGCCCAUCUUCUCCCCCAAACAUGACUUGAAGUUCACCUUUGACCUCUCUCUGCCUGGGAAGAGGGGAUCCAGGAAGAGCCCCAACUCACGGAAGAUCGAGGUGAUGCAUGAUUACCAGGAGAACCGCAAUUAUCUGUCCUACAGUGUUGAUGGGGAGGACAGCCCAGACGUUUUGAAGAGACACGUGAUGCGGGAGAUUAUUGAAACUGAGCGGGUCUAUGUGGAGGAGCUACUGUCUGUACUGCUGGGCUACAGAGCAGAGAUGGACAACCCCUCCAUGUCCACCCUUCUGCCCCCCAGCCUACGCAACAAGAGGGACAUUCUGUUUGGAAACAUGCCAGAAAUCUACAACUUCCACAGCAGGGUCUUCCUGCAGGACCUGGAGAGCUGUCUGGAGACUCCGGAGGCAGUGGGAGCCUGCUUCCUGGAGCGGAAAGAGAACUUCCAGGUAUAUGAGCGCUACUGUCAGAACAAGCCUCGGUCAGAGUCCCUAUGGAGACAGUAUUCUGACUGUGCCUUCUUUCAGGAGUGUCAGAGAAAACUGGAGCACAAACUGGGCCUGGACUCCUACCUGUUGAAACCGGUCCAGCGCCUUACCAAGUACCAGCUCCUACUCAAGGAACUGCUGAAGUAUAGUGCUGGUUCAGAGCGGACAUCUGAACUGCAGGGGGCGCUGUCUGCCAUGCUGGACCUCUUAAAGUCUGUCAAUGACUCCAUGCACCAGAUUGCCAUCACCGGCUAUGAAGGGGAUCUGAGCGCUCUGGGUCGCUUGCUGAUGCAGGGCUCGUUCAGCGUGUGGAUCAGCCACAAGAAAGGUCCCACGCGCAUGAAGGAGCUGGCCCGCUUCAAGCCCAUGCAGCGGCACCUGUUCCUGCACGAGCGCGCGCUGCUCUUCUGCAAGCGGCGUGAGGAGCACGGCGAGGGGGCCGACAAGACGCCCUCCUACAGCUUCAAGCACUGUCUCAAGAUGAGUGCAGUCGGCAUUACAGAGAAUGUCAAGGGAGACGUGAAGAAGUUUGAGAUCUGGUACAGUGGCAGGGAAGAAGUCUACCUGGUGCAGGCACCAACAGUAGAAGUUAAGCUAGCUUGGCUGAACGAGAUCCGCAGAAUUCUCACCAACCAGCAGAAGAUUCUCAGAGAUGAACUGUCCCUCACCCACCCAACACCGGAACACAUCCAGUUAUCCCCACCCCUGUCUGAGAGCAAGCAGCAGCGGACCUCGGUGAGCUCAGAGGAUACGGAGUCCGGCCGCAGUAGCCCCGACCCGCUCAGCUUGUCCCCACAGCAUCGCCGCAACAGACGCAGCUGGCCUGGAGCUCACCACUCAGUGGAUAUCUGUGAGGGUCUGGACGACUGGAAUGGAGGCCACAGUCCUUUCCCACUGUCUGACACUGAGGAGGAGGACAUUGUCCACCUGACUCCAGGCAGGUACAGGAGCCGGGCGGACUGUCCUAGAGACGGGCCCCAGGACCUCCUCAUCAGAUGUGGGGACAUCGUCCAGCUGCAGCGGGAGGAGAGUGAGGGCGUGUGGUCAGUAGCUGCUAAUCAUACUGCUCCCAUAUCCAGAAUAAGUACAUAUUCAAAGGCAAUGUCACCAAGGAUGGUGAAGAACUUGAGUCGCCGGCAGGAGGGCCACCUCCAGGCCUCCACCCUGCAGCACAUCCUGGCAGACAGCAGCAGAGGACACUCCACCCGACUGGGGGAGCCGGGGAAUCUGAAAGCGCGGAAGCUUAGCUCGCCGUAGACGUGCAACACCAGCGCCGGCUGCUGUGGACCAACCGCUUUGAGAGACUCUGGAGGUCUGCCAGAGAGAGGAUCCUCUGGCGGGCGUUGGGACAGAGGCUACUGCAGUUUCACCAGGAGGGGGACAUUACAGGACCUGCGGUGUGAGGCUCUCCAGGAGGGGACCGGACACCAAACACACUCUCCCAGUGAUGCCAUGCGGGCCCUGCUGGAAGGACAGGUAGCUAUGGUGUACUGGACUCACAUGUGGUGAAGGCUUACUCUCUCUGUGGUGCAAGGGUUUGCUCAAGAACACUGUUGCUCCAGAUAAGGAGGUGAGGUAGAACUAUCUCAGCUAGUUCCUCUCAAGAGACCCUCCACCUUACUGUGCCCUCCGUCACCACCAUCCAGACUCCCCUCACUCAGACACCGGGCCCUGGACCCUGGAGUACUAUAGAGAAUUUCUCAAAUACCUGCACAUGAUGUGUUUUGUUCAUUAUGUGCAGGAAAUGUGUUGUCUUAUUAGUGUGUCAGUGUGUAUGCAUGUGUGCCUGUGUGUGUGUGUGUGUGUGUGUGUGUGUGUGUGUGGGUGGGUUUUGAUGUCACCGAAUGCGACUCAGAUGUUUUGUGAAGUUUUUGCUUUACCUGACUUUUGUAAUGCGUUUGUCUAUUUCAUGUGGACAUUUUAAUCAGUGGUACUUGUGUUUGUAUGCGUGUUGUGCUGGGUGUCUCUUCCUCAGCGACUGCCGAGGUUCCACACCCAAAAGCUCACCCAGAGCUCUAUGCCAAACCAUGCUGUGCCAUAAUGCCUUUUUAUUCCUUGUAUUUUGGCCUCUCUCUCACUUUCGCUAGCUAAAUGUAGAAUUUGCCCUGCUGCAGAACUCUUGCGCUAUAACUUGUGUUUGACCUCAGACGUUACUGUAAAGGCACUUUAAAAGCUGUAAAAGAGAUACUGGAAACCAACAGCUUUAUGAUAUUUUGUUUGAGCUUGGUCACACACUAAUGCUGCAUGGGGGCUUCAUUCCCAGGGUCCUUGACUUAGAACUGAGCUCUACUCCCCAAGGGGAGCAUUCAGACUGAAGAUAUGCACGCCUAGAUUUCACACUUAUCCACAUCCUCAGAUACUUCUCCCACUUGCACAGAUACUCAAAUAUCUCUCUCUCUCUUCUCUCUCUCUCUCUCUCUCUCUCUCUCUCUCUCUCUCUCUCUCUCUCUCUCUCUCUCUCUCUUUCUCUCCCUCUCCUCCUCCCCCCAUUAUUAUAGCUUAUACACAUAUCCUUCAAAUGGAAAAUAGGUUUUGGUUAAGAUCUUGCCUGUCUACUUCUGUUACUGGUUUGUCGACUGCAAAUAAGUUCACGUUUGGCAAACCAACCCCUCUACUUAACAAUAGAUGAAGAACUGAAAUGGGAUUUGGACAUCUGAAGGUCUCCACCACCGACUGAUUUCACGUGACUUCUCCUCACAGGCUGACACGUCUUCUACUUCAGCUGUAGAGUUGGUGUGCCAGUAAAAUGUGGCACACACAUCUCCCCCCUCUAUCUCCUACUUCAGAGGAACAGAGAGGCUGAUCGCACGCUCCUCGACUAUCACCAUAUUAUUAAUCUUAGGCUUUCACAUUAUACAGGAUCAUACAGCAAACAUGAAAUAUACCCACUGUGUCGAACACUUAAUUAAAUAUUGAUUGCAGACUUAUAUGAAUUUACCACAUCAAAUCAAGCCCCCAGUUGGAGGGUGGAGGGCCGCCUUUGAUACGCUGGCGUUUGAAGUGGAAAUGAGGCCAGCGGAGCGGCAGGCAUGGCUGCAGAGUACACAUUUGUGUGUUAUUAAUUUAUUUAUUUUGCUAUCAAGUUGUUCUCUCUCAGCGUGAGGCAGGGCUUCAUAAGACUCCUUAAAUUACAUCCUCUGCGCACCGCCACAGCCUUCUCUUCUGACUGGCAAUGCGACAUCACAUCUCUUUUUUUUUACAGGGAGGAUGCAAUAUGGCACUUGUCUCAGCUUUCCAACGCUGCAGGUUUCCCUCUUUUUUAAGCAUCAAAUGUUGAUGUUCACAAAACGGAGACGAAUUUAGGCUCAAAAAAUGCUGUUUAUCCUGACAAGCACCAUAAUGCUUGUUACUAGGCAACCUUUUUGUGUGGAGAAAAAUGCAUGGCACUUUACGACCUUUGACAGGUUUGUAUAGCUCCAAAUAUGUUGUUAAUAAUUUAAACAAACUCUGUACAGUCUUUAUUGGACGACAACUGGACUGUUUGUAAUAAAUAUAUACGUUGACAUAACUUGUAGCCUCCUUAGUUCUUUAGUGGGAUUUAGGCUUGAGUCACCACCAAGCUGUCACCCUUUGAAACAUCUUCUCAAAUGAUGAAAGCA